AUGGCAACCGCCUCUCAGAAUAAUUUUUUUAUUAGUGAUUCUACUGAUUCAAUACUGGGAAAUAGAAAUGAGAUAUUAGUUGUAAAAAAACUCUUGGUUAAAUGUGAUAAAUGUUUAAAAGCACGAGCAUUAUCUUGUCCUUUAUUCUUAAUUGCAAAGAAUUUUAUGAUAAGCUCGAAACUAAAACCGGAUUUGUAUGGAAACGUGCACCAUACAGAAGGUCGGCCAGUGGCAUUAAAGGUUUUCGAUGCAUCAAAAAAAGAUGCUAUUUUGCGCGACGGGAUCGAACUGCCAAAAGAAGCGGCAAUCUUUCAAAAAAUUUUGCCCCAUCCAAAUAUUAUAGAGCUUAUUUAUUGCCAUCGAAUUAAUUCCACAGACCACUGGACUCUCGCGUUUGAGUAUCAUGGAUAUAAUGCGUUAAAGUCAAACUUGAAUGAUUAUUUGCGCGAUCUUUCGAAUGAACGAGGCAUGUAUGGUUUAAUGGAAUGUGAAGCAAAAAAUAUAAUGUAUCAGCUGCUACAGGCGUGUAGACAUCUGGAAAAACAUGGAAUUUAUCACCGCAAACUAGAACUGGAUAACAUAGUCAUCAACGGCGAAGGUAGAGUAAAAUUGAUCAAUUUUGAUUCGGCAAUUAAAGUAAAUGAAAAUGAUUGGCACUGCGAGCCGCCUAUUGGUUCCAGUAAGUAG